GGGGCGGUACUGCUGUUUUGCUGUCGAGUCACCUCUGUCAGGAUGGAAGAAAACGAGCAGCUAUCAUGCUGAUUAACGAAGGAUGCCGACUGCCGACCACCAUAAACCUGGCAUAGUUCGAGUACAUUCGACGUACAGCUUAAACCCCUGCAUCGUUUUCUGCGACGCUUUGGCAAAAUGAUGGAAGAAAUCGACAGGUUCCAAGUGCCUCCAGUUAACGGAGAGACACAGCCUCUGGACCCCGCAGCAUCUUCCACCUCAGAGGCAGAGCCUGACACUAAGGGAGAAAGUGUGGCCAUGAACUACAAGCCCUCGCCGCUGCAGGUCCAAAUAGAGAAACAGAGGGACCUUGCCAGGAAGGGAUCGGUGAAGAAUGGCACCGUGGGAAGUCCUGUCAAUCAACAACCCAAGAAGAAUGCCAGGACAAGGCUGGUGGUGCCAAACAAAGGCUACUCCUCCUUAGACCAGAGCCCAGAUGAGAAGCCUCUGGUAGCGCUGGACACAGACAGUGACGAUGACUUUGACAUGUCCAGAUACUCCUCAUCAGGAUAUUCCUCAGCCGAGGUGAGAUGUCUGAGGGACCAGCAGAUCAACCAGGACCUGAACAUCCAGCUCCUGAAGGACGGUUACCGACUUGAUGAGAUUCCUGAUGAUGAGGAUCUGGAUCUGAUCCCUCCUAAAGCAGUCAACCCCACUUGUAUGUGCUGCCAGGCUGCUCCCUCCACAGCCUGUCAAAUCCAGUAGCACUAACCCCACCUACACAGUCUCCUCCAUGCCACCUGUACUGAGGCCAACAACUGACCAGAGUGGCAACAGAGGAAGAAAAAUUAAAGGCUGGCAAAGGCACAAAGGGAAAAAAACAACAACCAAGGGUUUAUAAAUGCGAAAAUUGAAUAUGUACAGUAUCUGUGCAUGUUCCUCCUAUGGUAGGAUCUGUGCAUCUUACUUCUGCAUUGUUGGUUCAAAAGGGACUCGACUGAUGGCAGAAACAUUACCUCUAAGAGAAACACACGACUUUGUUUGAACUUCCAUCUCAUGCUUGUGGAUUUUCUGGCUUAAACAGACCGCGAUGGUGCAACGCUGGUGAAGAAAAAAAACUGUAAAAUGACAGGAGCUCAACCAAAUACGUGUGAUGGUGACAGGUUGUUAUUACCGCGUCAUCUGCCCAUCCAAGCAGAUGACUUCUUCUACUGAUGUACACAAAGGACAAGAAGAGAUCGGAAGCUUUGUAGUGGCCAUUGUUUUUCUUUUUCUUUUCUUUCAGCCAGUCUGCUUUGUCUUCCUGUGUAUAUAUGUGUCAAACAUGAUGUGUGUGAUUAAGCCCAGGAACACCGUGCUAAAUCAUCCAGCUGCCGAUAAAACACUAAUGCUAUAAUAAAGUAGUAAUCCAGA